AUGUUCACGGUUUCACGUUUUGGGCUUGUAGACGCUGGAAAAACCAGUCAAGAAAGAUUCGGCGAUUCCUGCUACCAACUGCUCACUGAAACGUUUACAUGGGAAGAGGCAUCCCAAGCCUGCGCCAAUAUUGACGCUGGCCUGGUGAUUCCUGACUCCCUCCAAGAGCAUCAGUUCAUCUGGGAGAUGUUCACGAGGAAGGUCACUGAAUCAGGGAAUCUCUGGAUCGGCUGUAGUGAUGUCAAGGAGGAGGGCAGGUGGGUUCAGGCUGGUGACGGAGAUCACGAGUGCACCUACUUCAACUGGGCAGAGGGGGAGCCAAAUCCCACCUACAAGCAUUGGGAAGAAUGUGCAGGAAUGUGGGGCGGCAAUCGUGGUGGAUUUUGGAAUGACUUUCCAUGCACGUAUAGCUAUAACGCGAUGUGUGAGAGCCCUGCCGUCCCAUCUAUGUCCUGUCGGCUGACGUAUGAUGCCCGUGGCUUCUUCACGGCCCACUGCCUGACCGAUCGCAUCCUCAAGGAUAGCUCAACCAGCAGCGUGGCCUGGGCUUUGGUGUGCCGGGAUGAGCCUCGAUGCCGCUCCUUUAGUCUGCGCCCGGCAAGCCGGGGAGCACUCAUGUCAUGUCAGCUGUAUCCCGAUACCGAAAUGAACACUGAAUAUGCCAAGUCAUGUCAGUACUACUACUUCUGA